GUGGACAGCUGAGGUGGGCAUGGCCUUCUCCAGGAUGAAGGAAGGCUAUGAGAAGGCCAUGAAGGAGUACCACAAGAAGCAGGUGGCCCAGCUGAACAUGCUGGUGACGAUGCUGCUGGGGCAGCUCUCCAAGGGUGACAGGCAGAAGAUCAUGACCAUCUGCACCAUCGACGUGCACGCGCGGGACGUGGUGGCAAAGAUGAUAGCACAGAAGGUGGACAGUGGCCAGGCGUUCCUGUGGCUGUCGCAGCUGCGGCACCGCUGGGCGGACGAGGAGCGGCACUGCUGGGCCAGCAUCUGCGACGCCCAGUUCCUGUACAGCUACGAGUACCUGGGCAACACCCCCCGGCUGGUCAUCACCCCCCUGACGGACAGGUGUUACAUCACCCUGACCCAGUCUCUGCACCUGACCAUGAGCGGGGCCCCUGCUGGCCCUGCUGGCACCGGCAAGACAGAGACCACCAAGGACUUGGGCCGCGCCCUGGGCAUCAUGGUGUACGUGUUCAACUGCUCCGAGCAGAUGGACUACAAGUCUUGUGGGAAUAUUUACAAAGGCCUUUCCCAGACAGGAGCCUGGGGCUGUUUUGAUGAAUUUAACAGGAUCUCAGUUGAGGUCCUUUCUGUGGUUGCUGUACAGGUGAAAAGUGUGCAGGAUGCAAUCCGGGAGAAGAAGAAAUCCUUCAAUUUUCUGGGAGAAGACAUUAACCUGGUCCCCUCAGUGGGGAUUUUCAUCACCAUGAACCCUGGUUAUGCAGGACGAACCGAGCUACCUGAGAAUUUAAAAGCUCUCUUCAGGCCCUGUGCAAUGGUUGUGCCAGACUUUGAGCUCAUCUGUGAGAUUAUGUUGGUGGCCGAGGGCUUCCUCGAGGCCCGGGCCCUGGCCAGGAAGUUCAUCACCCUCUACCAACUCUGCAAGGAGCUCCUGUCCAAGCAGGAUCACUAUGACUGGGGGCUGCGGGCCAUCAAGUCCGUGCUGGUGGUGGCCGGCUCGCUGAAGCGCGCAGAGCCCGGGCGCCCCGAGGAGCAGGUGCUGAUGCGCUCCCUGCGCGACUUCAACGUCCCCAAGCUGGUGACAGAUGACAUGCCAGUGUUCCUGGGGCUCCUUGGGGACCUGUUCCCUGCUCUGGACGUGCCUCGGAAGCGUGACCUGCGUUUCGAGGCCGUGGUGAAGGAGGCGGUGCUGGAGCUGCGGCUGCAGCCCGAGGACAACUUUGUGCUCAAGGUGGUGCAGCUGGAGGAGCUGCUCAGUGUCCGGCACUCCGUGUUCGUGGUGGGAGCUGCAGGCACGGGCAAGUCCCAGGUGCUCAGGUCCCUGCACAGGAGCUACCAGAGGAUGAAGCGCCGCCCCGUGUGGGCAGACCUCAACCCCAAGGCGGUCACCAAUGAUGAGCUCUUCGGCAUCAUUAACCCAGCAACGAGAGAGUGGAGAGAUGGACUGUUCUCAUCAAUCAUGAGAGAGCUGGCCAACAUCUCACAUGAUGGUCCCAAGUGGAUGGUACUAGAUGGAGAUAUUGAUCCAAUGUGGAUUGAAUCUCUUAACACUGUGAUGGAUGAUAAUAAGGUGCUGACCCUGGCCAGCAACGAGAGGAUCCCCCUGAACCCCAGCAUGAGGCUGCUGUUUGAGAUCAGCCACCUGCGCUCGGCCACCCCGGCCACCGUGUCCCGGGCAGGGAUCCUGUACAUCAACCCCUCGGAUCUGGGCUGGAAUGCCCCUGUGAGCAGCUGGAUUGACAGGAGGGAGGUGCAGUCUGAGAGAGCCAACCUGACCAUUCUGUUUGACAAGUACCUGCCUGUGUGCCUGGACACCCUCCGGAGCAGAUUUAAGAAGAUUAUUCCCAUUCCUGAGCAGAGCAUGGUUCAGAUGCUGUGUUACCUCCUGGAAUGCCUCCUGACAGAGGACAACACACCUCCUGACUGUCCCAAGGAGCUUUAUGAACUUUACUUUGUCUUUGCUGCUGUCUGGGCCUUUGGUGGGUCCAUGUUCCAGGACCAGCUCGUGGACUACAGAGUGGAGUUCAGCAAGUGGUGGGUGGCAGAAUUCAAAACAAUCAAGUUUCCUUCUCAGGGCACAGUCUUUGACUAUUAUGUUGAUCCAGAAACAAAGAAGCUUGAGCCUUGGUCUAAGCUUAUUCCCCAGUUUGAAUUUGAUCCAGAGGUGCCGCUGCAGGGCUGCCUGGUGCCCACGGCUCGGAGCGUCUGCCUGCGGUUCCUGGUGGCCAGGCUGCUGCAGCGCCGGCGCCCCGUGCUGCUCGUGGGCACUGCUGGCACGGGCAAGUCUGUGCUGCUGGGGGACACGCUCUGCUCGCUGGACACACACCUCUUCCUGCUGAGGAGGGUCCCCUUCAACUACUACACCACCUCUGCCGUGCUGCAAGGUGUGCUGGAGAAGCCUCUGGAGAAGAAGGCUGGCAGGAACUACGGCCCCCCGGGCAGCAAGAGGCUGGUGUACUUCAUCGACGACCUGAACGCGCCGCGGGUGGACGCGUACGGCACCGUGCAGCCCCACACCCUGCUCAGGCAGCACCUGGACUAUGGCCACUGGUACGACAGGAGCAGGCUGUCCCUGAAGGAGAUCAGCAAUGUGCAGUUCGUGUCCUGCAUGAACCCGACUGCAGGGAGCUUCACCAUCAACCCCCGGCUCCAGCGUCACUUCUGUGUCUUCGCUCUCUCCAACCCUGAUCAGGAAGCCUUGUCCAGGAUCUACAGCACCAUCCUAGGGCAGCACCUGGCCAGUGGGAAUUUCUCAGAGGCUGUGCAAAAAUCAGCCCAGCAGCUCAUUGCCCUGGCCCUGGGGCUGCAUCGGAAGGUGGCUGCCACUUUCCUGCCAACAGCCGUCAAGUUCCACUACGUUUUCAACCUCAGAGACUUCUCCAAUAUCUUCCAAGGCCUUCUGUUCUCUACCCCUGAGUGUGUGAAGCAGCCCCAGGACCUGGUGAAGCUCUACCUGCACGAGUCCAGCCGGGUGUACCGGGACAGGAUGGCUGAAGACACGGACUGUGAUACUUUUGAUAAGAUCCAGCGGGAGAUGGUGAAGAAAUGCUACGGUGCAAGUGCUCAGGACAUUGAGGACUCUUUAGAGCAGGCCAAACACAUGAAUAUUUACUGUCAUUUUGCCAAAGGCCUUGGGGAACCUGGCUAUAGGCCAGUUCCAAGCUGGGAGGAGCUGAACCAGAUCCUGGUGGAAGCCUUGGACAGCUACAAUGAAGUCAAUGCUGCCAUGAACCUGGUGCUGUUUGAGGAUGCCAUGUGCCACGUCUGCCGCAUCAGCCGCAUCCUGGAGGCGCCGCGGGGCCACGCGCUGCUGGUGGGCGUGGGGGGCAGUGGCAAGCAGAGCCUGACCCGCCUGGCUGCCUUCAUCAGCAACCUCGAGACCUUCCAGAUCACCCUGAGGAAAGGCUACGGCCUCCCUGACCUCAAGGCAGACCUGGCCAGCCUGUACCUGAAGGCUGGGCUGAAGGGUGUGGGCUCUGUGUUCCUGCUGAGUGAUGCACAGCUGGCUGAUGAGCAGUUCCUGGUGCUGGUCAAUGACUUCUUGGCUUCAGGGGAAAUCCCAGACCUGUUUCCUGAUGAUGAAGUGGAAAACAUCAUCAGCAGUGUGAGGAAUGAAGUCAGAGCCCGGGGGCUGCUGGAUUCCAGGGAGAAUUGCUGGAGCUUUUUCAUCGAGCGAGUUCGACGGCGGCUGAAGGUGGUGCUGUGCCUGUCCCCCGUGGGCCCCAGGCUGCGGCUCUGCAGCCGGCGUUUCCCAGCGCUGGCUGCCUGCAGCACCAUGGACAGCUUCCAGCCCUGGCCCCGGCAGGCGCUGGAGUCCGUGAGCCGCCGCUUCCUGCGGGACAUGGACACCCUGCAGGAUGCAGUCAAGGAUUCAAUAAGCAAAUUCAUGGCCCACGUCCACAUCAGCGUCAACGAGGUGUCCCGGCUGUACCUCAGCAACGAGCACCGCUACAACUACACCACCCCCAAGUCCUUCCUGGAGCAAAUCAAACUCUACCAGAGCCUGCUGCUGAAAAAGGACCUGGAGCUAAAGGCCAAAAUGGAGCGGCUGGAGAGCGGCCUGGAGAAGCUCAAGAGCACUUCUGCACAGGUGGAUGAGCUGAAGGCCAAGCUGGCAGCCCAAGAGGUGGAGCUGAAGCAGAAGAACGAGGAUGCUGACAGGCUGAUCCAGGUGGUGGGGCUGGAGACAGAGAAGGUGAGCAGGAAGAAGGCGGUGGCCGACGAGGAGGAGCGGAAGGUGGCCCUCAUCACCCAGGAGGUCGAGCAGAAGCAGAGGGACUGUGAGGAGGACCUGGCCAAGGCUGAGCCUGCCCUGGCAGCUGCCCAGGCUGCUCUCAACACUCUCAACAAGACCAAUCUGACGGAGCUGAGGUCCUUUGGGUCACCUCCUGCUGCUGUCAGCAACGUCACCGCGAGGUUGAUGGUGCUGACGGCCCCGGGAGGCAGGAUCCCCAAGGACAGGAGCUGGAAAGCAGCCAAAGUGGCCAUGGCAAGGGUGGACGGCUUCCUGGACUCCUUGAUCAACUUCAACAAGGAGAACAUCCACGAGAACUGCCUCAAAGCCCUGCAGCCCUAUUUGCAGGACCCCAAGUUCAACCCCGAGUUCGUGGCCACCAAGUCGGCGGCGGCGGCCGGGCUGUGCUCGUGGGUGCUGAACAUCGCGCGCUUCCACCGCCUCUUCUGCCAGGUGCAGCCCAAGAGGCAGGCCCUGCACAGGGCCAACGCCGAGCUGGCUGCAGCCCAGGACAAGCUGGCCACUGUCAAGGCCAAAAUCGCUCGCCUCAAUGAGAACCUGGGCAGGCUCACAGCCAGGUUUGAGCAGGCCACCUCAGACAAACUCAAGUGUCAGCAGGAAGCUGAGGCCACAGCCUGCACCAUCACCCUCGCCAACCGCCUGGUUGGGGGACUUGCCUCUGAAAAUGUGAGAUGGGCUGAGGCCGUGAAGGACUUAAAAGAGCAGCAGAGCACCUUGUGUGGAGAUGUCCUGCUGAGCACAGCCUUCGUCUCCUACCUGGGCUACUUCACCAGCAAAUACCGCCAGGACCUCCUGGAUGGCAUCUGGAGGCCCUAUUUGCACCAGCUAAAAGUGCCCGUCCCCGUGAGGCCCGGCCUGGACCCGCUGUGGGUGCUGGCGGACGCGGCGGCCGUGGCGGCCUGGCAGAACCAGGGCCUGCCCUCGGACCGCGCCUCCGCCGAGAGCGCCGCCAUCCUGCGCAGCUGCCAGCGCUGGCCCCUCGUGGUGGAUCCCCAGCUGCAGGGCAGCCGCUGGAUCCGAGCCAGCCACGGCGAGAGGCUGCGGCUGAUCCGCGCGGGCCACAAGGGGUAUCUAGACACAUUGGAACAAGCCCUGGCUGCUGGAGAUGUGGUUUUGAUUGAGAACCUGGAGGAAUCUGUGGAUCCAGUGCUGGGGCCGUUACUGGGGCGAGAAACAAUCAAGAAAGGCAGGUACAUCAAGAUUGGGGACAAGGAGUGUGCCUUGCACCCUGCCUUCCGUCUGAUCCUGCACACCAAGCUGGCAAACCCGCACUUCCAGCCUGAGCUGCAGGCACAGUGCACCCUCAUCGACUUCUCUGUCACCCGCCACGGCCUGGAGGAGCAGCUGCUGGGGGCUGUGGUGCGCCUGGAGAGGCCAGACCUGGAGGAGCUGAAGUCAGAUCUCACAAAGCAACAGAAUGGAUUCAAGAUCACCUUGAAAACGUUGGAGGACAACUUGCUCUCUCGGCUGUCAUCAGCCUCUGGGAAUUUCCUGGGAGACACAGAGUUGGUGGAGAACCUGGAGACCACUAAAAGGACAGCUGCAGAGAUUGUGGAGAAGGUGCAGGAGUUUAAGGUGACAGAAGCCAGGAUUAAUGAGGCCAGGGAGCAGUACAGACCUGCAGCCUGCCGUGCUGCCCUGCUCUACUUCACCAUGUCCGAGCUCCACGCCAUCCACCCCAUGUACCAGUUCUCCCUGAAGGCAUUCCAUGGGGUGUUCCAGAAGGCCAUUGAGAGGGCAGCUCCAGCUGACAGCCUGCCAGGGCGGGUGCUGAGCCUCACCGACAGCAUCACCUUCUCCGUGUUCCAGUACACGGCCCGGGGGCUCUUCGAGAGGGACAAACUGACCUUCAGUGCCCAGCUCACCUUCCAGAUACUUCUGAUGAAUAAAGAAAUCAACCCAGCAGAACUGGAUUUCCUGCUCAGAUACCCAGCACAGCCUGGAGUCACGAGCCCUGUGGAGUUCCUGUCUGACCAUUCCUGGGGAGGAAUCAAGGCUCUCUCAUCCAUGGAGGAAUUCAAAAACCUGGAUCGGGAUAUUGAAGGGUCUGCAAAACGGUGGAAGAAGUUCGUGGAGUCGGAGUGUCCUGAGAGGGAGAGGUUCCCCCAGGACUGGAAGAACAAGUCAGCGCUGCAGCGGCUGUGCAUCAUGAGAGCCCUGCGGCCAGACCGCCUCCCCUGCGCCCUCCGAGAUUUUGUAGAAGAAAAGCUGGGCAGCAAAUACGUGGUGGGGAGAUCCCUGGAUUUUGCAACGACCUUUGAGGAGUCAGGGCCUGCAACCCCGAUAUUUUUUAUCCUGUCCCCAGGAGUGGACCCACUGAAGGAUGUGGAGAAACAUGGGAAGAAGCUGGGCUACACCUUCAACCACAGGAACCUCCACAACAUUUCCCUUGGACAAGGCCAGGAGGUGGUGGCUGAACAAGCUCUGGAUCUGGCUGCAAAGGAGGGUCACUGGGUCAUCCUUCAGAACAUCCACCUGGUGGCCAAGUGGCUGAGCAGCCUGGAGCAGCGGCUGGAGCAGCUGAGCGAGGGCAGCCAGCAGGAUUUCCGCGUCUUCCUCAGCGCGGAGCCGGCGCCGUGCCCCGGGAGCCGCCCCAUUCCCCAGGGCAUCCUGGAAAACUCCCUCAAGAUCACCAGCGAGGCCCCCAGCGGCGUGCACGCCAACCUGCACAGGGCCCUGGACAACUUCAGCCAGGACACCCUGGAGAUGUGCAGCCAGGAGAAGGAGUUCAGGAGCAUCCUCUUUGCCCUGUGCUAUUUCCACGCGGUGGCGGCGGAGCGGCGCAAGUUCGGCCCCCAGGGCUGGAACCGCCCGUACCCCUUCAGCAGCGGGGACCUCACCAUCUCUGUCAGCGUGCUCCACAACUGCCUGCGGGCCAGCUCCAAGGUUCCCUACGAUGACCUGCGCUACCUCGUGGGUGAGAUCAUGUACGGAGGUCACAUCACGGAUGACUGGGACAGGCGGCUCUGCAGGACCUACCUGGAGGAGUUUAUUAGGCCAGAAAUGCUGGAGGGAGAGCUCUGCCUUGCUCCUGGAUUUCCCCUCCCAGGGAACAUGGAUUAUAAUGGCUAUCACCAGUACAUAGACGAUGCCCUGCCUCCAGAGUCUCCCCACCUGUACGGCCUCCACCCCAACGCCGAGAUCGGGUUCCUGACGCAGCGCUCGGAGCGGCUCCUGCGCACCGUGCUGGAGCUGCAGCCCCGGGGCAGCAGCACGGGCCAGGGAGCACUGGGGACCCGGGAGGAGAUGGUGCAAGCCCUUCUGGAAGAGAUGCUGGAGAAGCUCACAGAUGAGUUCAACAUGGCCGAGCUGGUGGCAAAGGUGGAGGAGAGGACGCCCUACGCUGUGGUGGCGCUGCAGGAGUGCGAGCGCAUGAACGCGCUGACGGCCGAGCUGCGGCGCUCGCUGAGCGAGCUGGAGCUGGGGCUGAAGGGGGAGCUGACCAUGAGCAGCGACAUGGAGGCCUUGCAGAACUCCCUCUUCUUGGGCACGGUGCCCGAGUCCUGGCUGAAGAGAUCUUACCCUUCCACAGCCAGCCUGGGCUCGUGGUUUGCUGACCUCCUGGCUCGCAUCAGCGAGCUCGAAGCCUGGACCAGGGACUUCUCCCUGCCCUGCACACUGUGGCUGGGAGGGUUCUUCAACCCCCAGGCCAUGCUGACGGCCGUCAUGCAGACCGCAGCCCGCAGGAACAAGUGGCCCCUGGACACGAUGACACUGCAGUGCGAUGUGACAAAGAAGAGCAGAGAGGAUUUUGCCAGUGCUCCUCGUGAGGGGGCCUAUGUGCACGGUCUGUUCAUGGAGGGAGCACGCUGGGAUGUUCAGGCCGGGAGCAUCGCGGACGCCAGGCUGCAGGAGCUCACCCCCGCCAUGCCUGUCCUGUUCAUCAAGGCCAUUCCAGGGGACAAGCAGGACUCCAGGGCUCUGUACCCCUGUCCUCUGUACAGAACACGCCAGAGAGGCCCAACCUACGUGUGGACUUUGAACCUCAAAACGAAGGAGAGCCCUUCCAAGUGGGUGCUGGCUGGUGUGGCCUUGCUGCUGCAGAUCUAAGGCAGCAGCACGGCCCUGCUCUGCAGAUGCCUCACAAUGCCUUUGUCACACAGUUUGAGCAAUUGAGUGCUGAGAUUAGCCCAAGUUCCAUCUCUCUGCUGGACUCCCAGGUUGUGUAGGCAGGGCUGUCUCUGUGCCCUGGGGCUGUGACCCAAACAGGGCCCCCGAGGAGGUGACACGGCCCAGCUUCGUGGCUGCUGUAAAUCAAUAUCCUGUAAUUCCUACCUUGCUGCACUGGGAGAUCCCAGCCCAGAGCCUGAUGUACCACACCCAGAGAGUGCAAAACUUACAUCUAAUUUUUAUUUCUCUUCAUGAUCCAAAGUAGUGACUUGUGAAAUUCUCCAGAAUUUAUUCUUUUCCCUCCCUUUGUCAUGUGUGUAGUGUUGGAAGCUGGGAGGUGAGCAGAUGUGGUUAUAAGCUGUGUCUUGCUAACACUGCUGUAAAUCUUAGAAACACUGAAAAUGGUGGUAAUAUCCAAUGUGCUUAAUGGAAUCAGUAGUGAAAGUGCAGCACAGGGAUAAUUUAAGAGGAAUAUGUUGUGAUGAUAGAUACUUACUAAUAAAAGUAAUU